AUGCCCUCAACUACAGCCACCCGCAGCAUCCUUCGAUUGACCCGAGCACAAUGGACGCUCCUACCACGAUACCUCAACACAUCCUCCACGCCAAACCACUCAACAUCUGCACUCACUACGUUUGAAAACAAGAAAGAUGGCGCAGCCGGAUACAUCCUCGCAAAAGCCGACGACCUUAUCAACUGGUCCCGACAAGGCUCCCUCUGGCCCCUCUCCUUCGGUCUUGCCUGCUGCGGCGUCGAAAUGAUGCAUACAUCCAUGCCCCGGUACGACCAAGACAGACUCGGCAUCAUCUUCCGCGCCUCGCCCAGACAAGCAGACGUGAUGAUCGUGGCGGGAACAGUGGUAAACAAGAUGGCUCCGGCGCUGCGGUUGCUAUAUGACCAGAUGCCGGAGCCGCGGUGGGUAAUUAGUAUGGGCAGUUGUGCGAAUGGUGGUGGCUAUUACCAUUAUAGCUAUAGUGUUGUUCGUGGUGUCGAUCGAAUUGUUCCUGUUGACAUUUACGUGCCUGGCUGUCCGCCUACGCCUGAGGCGUUGCUGUAUGGGAUUUUCCUUUUGCAGAAGAAGAUGCAGAGGACGAAGAUUACGAGGAUGUGGUAUAGACGGUGA